AUGGCUGCGACGACGACUCCGCCGCUCCGGCUCCUGCAGUACAGCGUGAAGCUGCUUUUCCUCAGCGAGGAGCAGCUCCUGGAGGGACUCCCCUUCGCCAGCCCCAACCAGAAGGCGCUCCGGCUGGAGGUGCAGCCGCGCGAGGAAGACGCCGAGAUGACCGUGACAGACGCUGAUGGGAUUUGUGUGUUUAAAUGCUUAGUUAACAAUGAUACUGAAUACUGCCGUGUGGGGAAAGAGUCCAUUUUGAUAACACUCGGUUACAACAGCGCCUUACUCCAGUUCAGGUCACAUUCUGAAUAUUGCACGUUUUCAAAUGCACUGAAGAACUUCCGGAAUCAGAGUAAGGAACACUCCAUAUUCAAUCAGAGAACAGAAGAAUCCUCUGCAGCUCAGUAUUUUCAGUUUUAUGGCUGCUUAUCUCAACAACAGAAUAUGAUGCAGGAUUUUGUGAGGACGGCCACAUAUCACAGAGCAAUACUACAGAACCAUAUAGAUUUUAAAGAUAAGGUGGUCUUAGAUGUUGGCUGUGGAUCAGGAAUCCUUUCAUUUUUUGCUGUGCAAGCUGGAGCUAGAAAAGUCUAUGCUGUUGAAGCUAGCUCGGUGGCAAAAUAUGCCGAGAUUCUAGUACAAAGUAACAACCUUUCUGAUAAGAUCAACGUCCUGUCAGGAAAAAUUGAAGAAAUCUCCCUGCCUGAGAACGUAGAUGUUAUUGUUUCUGAACCAAUGGGUUACAUGCUAUUCAAUGAAAGGAUGCUGGAAAGUUACCUCCACUCCAAGAAAUGGCUGAAGUCAAAUGGAAUGAUGUUUCCAACAUUUAGUGACAUUCAUUUGGCUCCUUUUUCCGAUGAACAGCUCUACAUGGAACACUACUCCAGAGCCAAUUUUUGGUACCAGCAAUGUUUUUAUGGAGUCAAUCUGUCCAGUCUCCGCAAUGCAGCUGUGGAUGAGUACUUCAGGCAACCUAUUGUAGACACAUUUGACAUUAGAAUUUUGAUGGCCCGGACAGUGAAAUACACUGUCAACUUUACAGAUGCUGAAGAAGAAGAUUUGCACAGAGUGGAAAUCCCCUUUGUUUUCCAAAUGAUGCAGUCUGGGCUAAUCCAUGGCUUGGCGUUUUGGUUUGAUGUGGCAUUUGUUGGCUCAUUGGUAACAGUUUGGCUAUCAACUGCUCCAACAGAACCUCUGACUCACUGGUAUCAAGUACGCUGCCUUCUUCAAACUCCUCUCUUUGCCAAAGAAGGGGAAACGCUUUCAGGGAAAGUCCUAUUUGUAGCAAACAAACGGCAAAGUUAUGACAUCCAGAUUGUUGCUGUAGUGGAUGAGACAGGCUUUAAGUCAGGCAAUGUCCUCGAUUUAAAGAACCCAUUUUUUAGGUACGCUUAGAUCAUAUGAUAUACACCUACUGGAAGAACAACCAGGAUCACAACCAAACAGAGUACCCUAUGCGGAGUUAAAAGUGAGAAUAUUGAACAUGCUGCUGCUUCUGUGAAAUUUGUCUGUACAUACUGAAAGGAAGUAUUUUAUGCAAAUUAAAUAAUAAGAUGCUUGUACAGUUCCCCUACUUUUUCGAACUGACAUCCCAAUCUUGAAACAUGUCUGUCCGGAAGAAUUUCCCACUGUGCAGAAUGGCUAGCAGUGGAAAAUCUCAUCUUUGGACUACAACUCCCAGCAUUCUGACCAUUAUCCAUGCUUGCUGGAGUUGAUAGAAGUUGUAGUUCAAAAUGUCUGGAGGGCACCAGGUUGAAAAAGGCUGGCAUAUAGGACUGGAGUUUUAAUCCCACAUUUGCCCAUUUGAAUUACUGUAUUCUUUGUUCUGGUUGAUGAGGAAAGCAUUAGCAUUUGACGGGCAGGAGUUUGCUUUUGAUUUAUUUUUCUCACACUGGCUCCCCUUGGUUUCUUGUUUCAUUCCCCUCCCCACCCCCUCCAAGGAAUAUUUUUAACAAAACCUACCUCAUAUUCUAUACACAUAUAGGAUGUAUAGAAGUAAUGUGAACAAAACACCAAGUUCAUACUUAACUCUUUUCAGUAUUUGCAAGAUAUAUUGAUAAAUCUGGCACUUAUUCCCAGCUGGCCAAUAAUAAACUAUUACUGUCUCAUAGCAAUAUGGCACUAGGAUCAUUCACUGAUGGAUGUCUCUGACCUGUAUUAUUUUAAUGGUUGGAAAACGCAAUUCUGGACUGUUUGAGUCAGUCGACAAGUCAAUCUUCACAGACUCUUAAAAUAAAUGUUUCGAAGAAGGGCAACAGCAGAAUAACUUCUCUGCACCCAUAUUUCUGUAUAUUUCAUACAUUCUGUAGAUAACAAUGGCAAUUGUACAUUUAAUCUUUCCAAUAAAAUUUAAAUACAAAAUAUAAUGAGGUUGUGGUCGCUGUUUCUCUGAGGAUUUAUUUGGGAAAGUGUAAUAUUU